AUGGGUAUUCGCACGAUGCCUUGGAGUGAAUGGAUUGAACUGGACUCAACCUACCCACACUGGCAGCGGGUGCGCAAAUUCCGCGUUCGCACGCGCGGGCAUGACGCCGUGCGCGUUCUCCCCGCCCGAGAAGACGAAUCUGUCAAGGUUCAGGGUGGCGCAUGGGCAGCAAAGGAGCUCGUGUAUGAACUCGCAGAGUACCUUCCACGGCGAUACCCCUCGAGUUUCCGGGUAACACGAUUUCCGAACGGUGUACCAGGGCCGUCAAUUGGUGGCGUAUCGCUCGCUUGGGGACAUCAACAGCCCGUGCAAAUUAUUGAAGCGGUUGAGACAGGAGAUAAAUUUGAUUUAGGGGUGCUGGAGGGUCUGAAUGGUGUUGAAAUGGGCGAAGAGGCAAUGAGGAUUACUGCAGGGCUUAUACAAGAAGACGUGGCACUCAUGAUCGAGGGCACGGAUGGCAAGUACUAUUUCCAGGGAGGAGCGAUCUGCAUUCCAGGAUUCUGGCGCAUGCGGGACAAGAUCGGAAUGACCCUGGACGAUAUACAUAUUUCAGGAAACGUUCCACGGUUCAAAGAGAAACUGCAGAUGAGCAUGGAAAAGUUUUUCAGACGGAUGCCGGUGGACAAGCCGGUUAUUCGAAAUAAUUAUUUUAUGCAAGUAUGUAAGCCAUCGUCGCACGUGUCAGAUGGCGACGUUGAGGCACGACUGGACGUGGAGGAAGAGUGCGCUUCCGAUAUUGAUCCAGAAGAAUUGGGUUGGUCAGAAUCAACGAACGGACUGGAGGAUGAAUUUUCGCAUGGACACGGACAUGGUGCACUACCUGCACCGUACCUCGCGCCGUCAACACUACGACUACGAUCGGAGAGGCAAACACUGCGUCGACUUCCUCGCACAGGAGCCAUCGUUUUUGGGAUUCGGACGUACCUGUUCAAGAUCGAGGAACUGGCUCGGGAGCGAGGAGUGGCUGAUCGGCUUGCAAGUGCCAUAAGAAGUUGGCCUAACGAUGUUGGGGUAUACAAAGGGCGUAAAAUGUAUGGUGAUAUACUACUGAACUACUUAGAUGAGUGCGCAGCAAGGGAAGGCGUGCAGGAGGAGGGACUUAAAUACCCAUAUUGA